CUCGCUUGACGCACUGGAUAAGUAGACAUGGCACGGACCGUAGCUGAGUCUGUAACGGCCUUGUUGUUGGAAGUAGACUUGCUGCAUAAAGUAGCUUUAGUAAUAAUGAUCCUGCAAAUAACUUCGAGUCGAUGUCGCAAUAUCGACACUACAAACAAACACUUAGACGAUGCGUCACCUGUCGUCGCUGAACACUUCGUUCCAGACACCUCGUUUGAAGGUCAUUAUCAGGAUCAAUUUAAUGAACUCAAAAAGUAUCUUAAAAUUAUACCAUUCAAGGGAAACGGGGAUUUGAAAAAUAACACAAUUUUCCCUAGUGAUUAUGAAGGCGACAUAGAUUUUCCCAUAGCUGUUAUUCUGGCUUCUCAUUUAGAAGAAAAUAUGAGAGAUGAUUUGAAACAUAUUAAUAUAAAUGAUUAUUUGACUGAAAUUAUUAAAAAUUCAUAUAAAUUUGAUAGAAAUAAAGAUGUUAAAACUGAAACGGAAAAACAUUCCGAACUCGCAAUAAACAAAGGUGAAGACGAAGACAUAUUGAAACCAGAAGAAAUUAAGCUUGACAAUGUUAAAUAUAAACCAACAAUAAAUGAUAAAAUAACUGAUUUAGAAUCUACAGCAUCCAAUAACGACAUAGAUAUCAAGAAUAUCUUAAAUAACUCAAAUAUAAAACCGAAGGUUCAUACAAAUAUAAAAACGAAGGUUCUUACAAACCUAAAUAAGUCGAUGGAAAAUGAUGAUAAUAUUGAAAGUGUUCAUACAAAUUCUGAGGAUGUAACUCCUGACAACCAUUCACACAAAAACGUAUCAAAUACAAAAGGAGUCAGAAAUAAAAAUGAAACGAAAACGGAUAACCACAGAACAUUACAAACAGAUGAAGAUUUGACAGUGAAUGAUUUGAUAAAAUCAAUUCACCAUUUUGAUACACAUAGUGAACAAAGCGAUACGGACCGAGGUCAUUUAAUAAAUAAAACAUUUGAAGUUAUAUCACCAGAGUAUCAUAGGAUGUUAAGACAUAAAGGGUUCAAUAGAACUAACGAGGAUUUCCUACAAAACAAUUAUAUUCUGAAAUUUGUUUUCAAUUUGUAAAGUUCAAUAGUACACUUAUCUCUGUCUAUAAUUUGAGUUAUUCAAAACGGAUUAAAUCUAUACAAAUAAAUAAAAUUGAAGCGU